AAACUUACAAGUUACAAUCCCCUUCAUAACUCUACCUCCCUUCUUCUCUUUUUUCUUUGUUAUUAUUAUGGGGACUUUAGUGGGUCAUGUAGCGCCCGGGUUUGGGUUCUUCAUCAUUGGCCUAUGGCAUCUCUUCAACAAUACCAAAAUCGAAGCUCGUAACAACGAUCCUCCAAAUACCGUUAAAUUCCUCUCAUGGUUCCCCACUUCAAGAUUCAAGUACUUAGAGCCGUGUCUGAUCAUGGUUGGCGCCUCGGCCUCCAUAGCCAUGGAGUUAUUCAUCGGCCCACAACAGCACCAGCCGUUCGACACGGACGGCACCAUCCCUUCCUACCAUCUCCACAACUUCGAACACUCCAACAUUUCCAUGACUUUCUUUGUGUUUGCUGCCUUUUGCGUUGUUUUGGAUCGGCUUCGUCCGAAAGCUUAUUUUGAGCUGACACAGUUUGUUGGGGGUGUGGCUUUUGGGCAAGAGCUUCUCUUGUUUCACCUUCACUCGGCUGACCAUAUGGGCCCUGAAGGACAAUACCACUUGCUUCUUCAGCUUCUUGUGUUUGUGUCUUUUGCCACAACUCUCCUUGGGAUUGCUUUUCCCACUAGCUUCUUGGUGGCGUUUGUGAGAUCUCUUAGCAUUGUUUUUCAAGGCCUUUGGCUUAUGCUCAUGGGCUUCGCGCUUUGGACUCCUUCUUUCAUUCCUAAAGGUUGCUUUAUGCACUUGGAAGAUGGGCACAAGGUGGUGCGUUGCGCCGGGGAGGAGCCACUUCAGCGAGCCAAGGCGCUGAUCAACCUUCAGUUCAGCUGGCUGUUAAUUGCACUCACCAUUUUCGCUUUAUCAUUUCAUUUGCUUCUGCUUAAACUAUACCAACAAGAAACGCCCAAGAACGCCGCCCACUACUUUUCAUUAAUGACCGACGACGAAGAAAAAGCAUUAGAAGCAGCUGCCUCAACAAAACUAACACCAUACGACGUCGCUUCCAGGAGUUUCAUUCAAAUGGGCCACAAGUUCACGGAAACGGACAUGGAAAGGUAGAAACAAACUUCAAACCAAAUGGAUAAGCCUUAAAUUUAAAAUUAUUGAGUGUGUAAUCUGUAUAUAUGGUUUGUUUGAUUAUUAUUAUUAUUCAUUGUGUUUGGGUGGGCUCCACACCUUUCAUUUUCAUUUUGUGUUAAAUUUUAAGCCAAGCUUAAAAUUCAUGUGAAAAGCAGGCUUAGCUUAGCUCAAAACAAACACCUUUGCUCCAUAAUCAAAAUUGUUACCAUCAUAAUAAA